AUAUAUUGUUUUGUAUCUUGUAAUAUGUACAUAUUAUUAUAUGUAAUGUUUACUGUAUGCACUAGGUUUGUGUUCCUAAUUCUCCUUUGCUUCUGUAUGCUUAUUGACGUGUCUUUUCUAACAGCUGUGUGUACAAAAUAUAUAUUAAAUAAAAAUAAAUAGGUACAUUGAUAGUGUGUUUUGUUUGAAUUAAUUACGUUUCUAUAGUGAAACAUAUACAAGGUUUAAAUCAAAUUUGAGUAAUUUGUGAAUGUACUAAGAGAAUGGAAGCUAAGAAUUUAAUGUGGUUUCAUAGCAAACAUUUAUAUUUUUAUCAAUGGAUGUCAUAAUGGAUGAGUGUACAAGGAAGUAAUGUCAUCUCCUUAGAUUUAGCUAUCAGCUUCUACGUACUAUAUUUAAUAGCGACUAUAGGAUGACAACAUCACAUGCAAUUAAUGGAGUUAUUACGAGAAGAAUCUCCUAAUGCAGAUUCCACUACUUUUAUGAUACAAAGCCUAUUCAAAAGCAGUAAGAGUGGGAAAGCUCGUACCCAUUCGUAUCCAUCCGCUGUCGAAGAAGAAGUGGACAUACUGGAGAAUCACAUCAGUCCUGACGAUCUAUUAGAGUUUUUGAAGAUCGGAGAAAAUGCAACGACCUCGGCCACAACUAAUGACGUAUUAUCAUACGCUGAAACUGAGGACACUACGAAUUUUCCGGUUCCCGAAACCGUGGACUGCUUCGGAUUGGGUCCGCUGGUCCGUCCAGUACUCUCACUUUUCAACAUGAAACCUGAUACUUCGGAGAAUGUGAACACACAUUUUUAUUUCUCAUCUAGAACGCAGCGGAACAGAGUCCAGGUAUAUCCUGGAAACCAAUUCGGUCUUGAAUGGGUGGACUUUGAUGCCAAUAGAAGAACAGUUUUAAUCAUACAUGGAUUCAUGAGCCACAGUAAUGCAUCGUGGGUGAACGAAAUGACACGAGCGUUUCUGGAUUGGGCCGAUGUUAAUGUGAUAGCCGUUGAUUGGAGCGGAGGCGGGAACACAUGGAAGUAUUGGCGAGCUGUCGCGAACGCUAAGAGAGUGGUCUCCGAUGUGAACGGGUUCAUGCGUCAGUUGAUGUCGACGAGUGGUGCGAAAACAAAGAGCUUUCAUUUUGUAGGGCAUAGUCUAGGAGCUCAUAUUGCCGCUUGCGUGUCUUUCCACAUUGGCGGAGUGGCUAGGAUCACAGGUUUGGAUCCAGCACAGCCAUGUUUUAAUUCACCGAACAGCACUGAUCGGCUGGAUCCUAGUGACGCGGACUUCGUCGACGUCAUUCACACUAAUGGAAGACUUCUCACCAAAUUAGGAUUAGGAUUACCCGACCCCAUCGGUCACGCAGAUUUUUAUCCAAACGGAGGUAUGAAACAGCCGGGUUGCUAUAACAACAGCAAUUCGGUUUGGUCAAGCAUCUUUCCAAGUUUGCAGCAAGCAAUAUGCAGUCACGGACGUGCUUAUCUGCUUUUCACGGAGUCCUUGAUCAACAACAAUUGUUCAUUUAGAGCUUACAAGUGGAACUUGACUUAUGAGGGAGUGAACGCAAGUAUACGGGCAACGUGUGACAAUAUCGGUUCAUGUUCAGAGAUGGGCAUAAAAGCCGUAGGAGCAAUCGGCUACCGACGUGCCAAAGGACCCUACUUCGUUCUGACCACCGAUAAGGAACCUUAUUGUCCAUCGGAAAUGGAACGCCAGCGUCCCCAGUCAGAAUUGCUGCACGAUCUCCGUCAAGGCUUUCGUCUAGAUCGUUCUUUGAAAACGUCAACAGUGACCGUUGCGUAUGCAGAUCCCGAUGACCAAGCGGUCGACGUUGGUACUACCACUACAGAGGCUAGCUGCUGGUUCAGACGGAUUUUCGGAAGGAGAGCAUCGAGUAAUACUGUAGUCGAAAAGGAGUACGCAGAUCCAUUGGAAAACGAAACUAUUGACAAUAAUAAUGCAACAACAGUGACGUCUUGGUUCAAGAGGUUAUUCACAUAGUUAUUUAAUUGAAUAUGCAAUUUCGAAAAGGGCACAUGUCGCAUAUUUUGUCAAAUACGUUUUUUCAUAUACAUGUAGUUUUGUACCUACACCCAUUUUUUAAUAAUUCCAGUAAUUUUCAAUUGCUAAUUAACACUAAAAUAUAUCUCAAAAUAUAUCUCUCAUUUUAAAUUUUACACUGCUUUAGAAAAUAAUCAGUUUUCGAAAUUACAUAUUCAAUUAUUUUAAAUUGUUUAUUGUUCCGUUUUACGGAGAAAAAAAAAGAUUAUUUGUGUGAAAUAUUUGUUGUUUUGGCUGUAUGGAUUAAAAUCUGUAAUUUCACAAUGAAAAAAAAUGUGGGUAAGCCCACUAAAAUAAGUUUUUGGAAAAAUUUAUGAAAAAAAAUUGUAUUAAGUAAAGAAAUAGUUAAAUAUGAUCUCAAUAAGUUCUAUAGUUCGGCGUACGAGUAUAAGUAAGAUUUGCCAUCGAAUCGUAUAUGGACAGAGUUUAAUAUGUCAUUGUAUAUAUAGGAGAAGACGUCAUUUUUGUGAAAUGAAGCUUCUGAUUGUAUAUUCGUUGUGGUAUAUCAUGCUUAAAAACAAAAUAUAUAUUGAUUUUGGAUUUAUUACGAAAUAUGAAAAUGUCUUAUGUAUAUGUAGUUGAUUAUAAUGAUAUCUGCUGGACAACACUAGAGCUAUAGGAAUGUAACAUUAAAAAGAUCAAUCCAAUUUUUUUUUUAUUUCAUACCGCCAAAAUAUGACGCCAUGUUGAUUUUUCACAAGUCGCAUUCAUUUUUCAGUGUUAUUGAAUUUACUCUUCAAUAAUAAAUUAUAAUCACAUGUUUGUUUUUAGCACAUUAGCUCAUCUAUACUAGAUUAUGUUGUUGAUCUCAUAAUUAAUGAUGUAAUGUGUUAUAGCACAGUAUGACUAUAAGUAGGUACAUUAGGAUAUAGUUAGUACCUAAUCUUUCACGAAUGUUUUUAAUUUGUCCUUAGUUAAAAUACAUUAAAUACAUAAUAAGGAAAUAUUUUUAUAUUUAUUUUGACGAAGUCAUUCAACCUUCUUUUGUAGUAAGUUUUUUACUCGUUUUGCCGGUUUUAGAUUUUUGAAUUUAUAUUCCAGUUGAAUCAGGUUUAUGUAAUAUGAUUGUUUAUUAGUUAGUUAAUUUUUAUUUUAUAGUAACAAUUUUAUAUUUAGUGUUAGCUUAAGUGUAAAUGUAUUAAAGUUUGUGUUUGACUGUGAUUUCAAAAUAAAGAGUUCUCUUUCGAAAAUCUUCAA